AAGAAAACCAAAGAAAAAUAUUUCAUUUCAAAUCAAACACUACCCGCUAACUAAAUUAGAGCAGACAGCGAGUGAACCGAACACACUCAACACUUGCUUGAGAUAGCGUUUCUAAAUUCCUUCUCCUGUUUGCACAUCACUUCAAUUAACUGUAAAUUUGAGCUAGGGUUUUGAAUUUAAGUUGCAGAAAUGGAGGCAGCCGUGAUAGACGCCGGAUCAAAAUUCCUCAAAGCCGGCACGGCGGUUCCCGAUCAAGCUCCACCUAUGAUAUUUCCGACGCAAAUGAAACGAUUGGUUGAAGAUGGUUCUUCAGGUGAUAAUGCGGUGUUUGAGGAUGUUGUUGUCGAUCCUGUUUGUCGAGGUUUUAUUAGAGAUUGGGAUGCUAUGGAAGAUUUGAUGCAAUAUGUUCUUUACACUGGCCUUGAAUGGGAAGAGGGUAAUGAAGGACAAGUUUUGUUUACUGAUCCACUUUAUACCCCCAAGUCUGUCAGAGAACAGUUGGUGCAAUUGAUGUUUGAAACAUUUAACGUCUCCGGGUUUUAUGCAUCAGAACAAGCAGUUCUAUCACUUUAUGCAGUUGGGCGCAUUUCUGGAUGCACAGUUGAUAUUGGUCAUGGGAAGAUAGAUAUUGCGCCUGUGAUUGAAGGUGCUGUUCAGCACAUUGCUUCAAGAAGAUUUGAAAUCGGUGGUAUUGACUUGACCAAGUUAUUAGCCCAAGAAUUGGUUAAAUCUAAUCCCUCGGUGAAUCUCAAUGUCUUUGAUGCUGAAAUUAUAAAAGAAAAAUACGCAUGCUGUGCUGAAGAUGAGGUUGCUUAUGAGAAGACCCAACAGUCAAGUGAGACUGAGGAGCAUACACUUCCUGAUGGACAGGUGAUAAAGAUCGGAAGAGAAAGAUAUGCUGUUGGUGAGGCUUUAUUUCAACCUUAUAUAUUGGGCUUAGAGGAAUAUGGGAUUGUUGAGCAGCUAGUACGCACAAUCUCAACUGUUUCUUCUGAUAACCACCGGCAGCUGCUGGAAAAUACUGUUCUUUGUGGUGGCAUAACUGCUAUGCCUGGUUUUGAAGAUAGGUUUCAGAAAGAAGCUAACCUGUGCUCAUCGUCUAUUCGCCCUUCACUUGUAAAGGCGCCAGAAUACAUGCCAGCUGAGUUGGCACAAUAUUCAGCAUGGGUGGGAGGUGCCAUUCUCGCUAAAGUUGUAUUCCCUCAAAAUCAGCAUGUUACUAAGGGAGAUUAUGAUGAAGCUGGGCCAUCUGUGGUUCACAGGAAAUGCUUCUAACACUUAUUAACACAAGUGAGUUAGAUUUUUUUUUUUAAAAACUUAUUCUGCUUGACUACUUGUAUUAUAAUAUGCAGUUAUUAUGGAACAAAAACUAUAGAUUGACUAAGUUGUGUACAUGGGAAAAAAAGAUUAUCUGAAUCUCUGUGAUGUAUGUUAGUGCAGUUGGUCAAUUAGCUGUUAACUUUUUGACAUUUAAA